AUGCGUUUCGCCAUCCUCUCAAUUGCCGCUCUGGUAACCGCUGUCCUCGCCGCGGACGAGGUCAAGAUCGAAGUCACAAAGGCUGUGGAGUGCGAGCGAAAGAGUCAGAAAGGCGACAAGGUCUCUGUCCACUACAAGGGAACAUUGGCCAGCGAUGGCAAAAAAUUCGACGCCAGCUACGAUCGAGGAGUCCCGUUGAGCUUCGUUGUUGGUAACGGGCAGGUCAUCAAAGGAUGGGAUGAUAACCUGUUGGGCAUGUGCAUUGGCGAGAAGAGAACUCUUACCAUCCCGCCUGCGUUUGGUUAUGGUGAUCGAGCCAUGGGCCCAAUCCCUGCUAAGAGUACUUUGAGUACGUCCUUGCCUCUCUUUCUGCACACAAGGACUUAUACUGAUGAUCCACCUGCAGUCUUCGAGACAGAGUUAAUGGGCAUCGAGGGCGUCCCAGCACCCGUAAGCAUCAUCGAGAAACCCGCUUCUGUAGGCAGCGUCGCGAGCAAAGCAACAGAAGGUUUGAAGGCCGCUGUUGAGAGUAAAAUUGCCGAGGCUGCUGAGGCGGCCAAGGUUAUCCUAGCUGACACUGACGGCGAUGGACAGGAGCACAACGAAUUAUAA